GUUUAAAACUGAUGAUGUGUCGAGAAGUAGAAUUACUUCCGCGUUGCUUUUGUGUACAGCUCUGAUUGGAAGUGGAGCUUUAGUCUCUAUAUUUCACACAUUUUCGUUUACAUGUUUAUUAUUAUAAGUUGAGGGAGUGGAAAAAGGGAGCAGAGUGAAGACAAGGCGCUAGCUUGUCGGCUAGCCACAGGUGUAGGUUUUAGUUUAGGAGCUGCAGGACGACUUGAAUGGAAACAUGGACUGUAUUUGUGAAAUCGUCCAAGCUCUCAUCGCAUUAGCAGCUCUGGGUUUUAUUGUGGUGCUUGUAAUCGCACAUCUAACAGCGGGGAUGGCAAACCUGUCACGCCACGAGAAGGAGAAGUACUUCCUCACGGCGACAGGAGAAACGCGACCCUUCCCCAGUCUGCAUGAUCCUCACUCCAGGGAACUCUCUGUGGUGAUCCCUGCUUACAACGAAGAGCUCCGAAUGCCUGUGAUGCUCGAUGAGGCUAUGGAAUACCUGGAAAGCAGACAGAAAAAAAACUCUUCCUUCACCUAUGAAGUGAUUGUGGUCGAUGACGGCAGCAAAGACAAAACCACGGAGAUUGCUUUGGAGUACACCAAGAAGUACAGUGCAGAUAAAGUUCGGGUUCUGACCCUGGUGAAGAACAGAGGAAAGGGGGGGGCGGUGCUCAUGGGCACUCUGAGCUCCAGAGGGAGGCUGAUUCUAAUGGCUGAUGCCGACGGAGCCACCAAGUUCUCAGACAUCGAGAAAGUGGAGGCGGGGCUUAAAGAUGUCAAUUCUGGACCGGAGAACAUGGCGAUAGCGUGUGGCUCCAGAGCUCAUCUAGAAAAAGACUCUGUGGCUCAGCGAUCUCUUUUUCGUACAUUUCUGAUGUACGGAUUUCACUUCCUGGUGUGGUUCUUCUGCGUGCGAGGGAUCCGGGACACGCAGUGCGGCUUCAAACUUUUCACGCGUGAAGCAGCCCUCAGGACUUUCUCCUCCCUCCAUAUAGAGCGCUGGGCUUUCGAUGUGGAACUCCUUUACAUCGCUCAGUGUUUCAAAAUCCCCAUAGCGGAGGUAGCGGUCAACUGGACUGAAAUAGAAGGGUCCAAACUGGUCCCGUUCUGGAGCUGGCUACAGAUGGGUCGAGACCUAAUUUUCAUUCGCCUGCGCUACUUGACUGGAGCCUGGAAACUGCAGUCACCACAGAAGACUGACUAGCCAACGGGACGAGUGUCAGUGCCCGAGAUGACCAUCGAUGGACACGUGGAGGACGGAAGGAGGGAGUCCAGUCUUCUGUGACUGAGAGUAAAGUGUGGACACAAUCACAGGUUCCUCAUGGUCCUGCCUUUUUAUGUGAAUAUUGGCUUGUAACGGCCACUGUUACACAUAUUUUUGUUGCCUCGAUUCUCAGACUGACUCAUUCAGAGAUCCAUGUGCAGACUUACUUACAGACGUGCCCUCUGUUGGACAUGGAGGGAGCGUGUAAUGAAGUGUGGAGAAUCCUAUUAUCCGUCAUGGUUUCGUGAAGAGGGGGGCUUUUGUUUUGUUUGUUUGUGCUGGGAGGGGGGGGGAAUAAAGAUCUAAUGACACAUCA